AUGGACGGCGCCGAUGGAACCGUCCGCGUCGGUGGUCUAAACGCCAAGCCAGGUCGCGGAUUCGAUUUAGAGCCUGAUGUCGCCGUUUCUUCUCCGGUUACUCGUCAGAAAGCCGCUGCUGCCAAGCAGUUCAUCGAGAAUCAUUACAAAAACUACUUGCAAGGUCUUCACGAACGAAUGGAGAGGCGCAGGGAAUUUCAACGGAAAGUUCAAGAAGCUCAGUUACCUGCUGAAGAACAAGACGAGAUGAUGAGGAAUCUGGCUCGUCGUGAAACUGAGUACAUGAGGCUUCAGAGACGUAAAAUUGGGAUUGAUGAUUUUGAGCUUUUGACUGUUAUUGGCAAAGGUGCCUUUGGUGAGGUUAGAUUAUGCCGUUUGAGAUCUACCGGUGAGGUUUAUGCCAUGAAGAAAUUGAAAAAAACUGAGAUGCUUAGCCGUGGACAGGUUGAGCAUGUCAGGUCCGAGAGGAACUUACUUGUUGAAGUUGACAGCCGUUACAUUGUAAAGCUUUUCUACUCUUUUCAAGAUUCUGAAUGUUUGUAUCUUAUCAUGGAGUAUUUACCUGGGGGUGACAUCAUGACUUUACUCAUGAGAGAAGACAUUCUUUCCGAAGAUGUUGCCCGCUUUUAUAUCGCCGAGAGCAUUCUUGCUAUCCAUUCAAUCCAUCAACACAACUAUGUUCACAGGGACAUCAAACCUGAUAAUUUGAUACUAGACAAAAGUGGGCAUUUGAAGCUUUCAGAUUUUGGCUUAUGUAAGCCACUAGAUGAUAAGUAUUCUUCGCUACUAUUAGAAGAUGAUGAGAUGAUGUCUCAGGAUUCAGAGAGCAAGUCCGGAAAAGCAGACUCUGACAAAGCACCCUGGCAAAUGCCUAAAGAGCAGUUACUGCAGUGGAAGCGCAAUCGUCGUGCAUUGGCUUAUUCAACCGUUGGAACUCUUGACUACAUGGCUCCUGAAGUACUGCUAAAGAAAGGAUAUGGAAUGGAAUGCGACUGGUGGUCUCUCGGCGCAAUUUUGUAUGAGAUGUUAGUUGGGUAUCCCCCAUUCUGUUCUGAUGACCCCCGUAUAACAUGCCGCAAGAUAAUUAACUGGAGGGUAUGCUUGAAAUUCCCUGAAGAACCAAAAAUAUCAGAUGAAGCCAGGGACUUGGUUUGUCGCUUGCUAUGUGAUGUUGAUUCAAGGUUGGGAACCAGAGGUGUUGAGGAAAUUAAGUCGCAUCCGUGGUUCAAUGGCACCCAAUGGGACAAACUGUAUGAUAUGGAGGCAGCUUUUAGACCAAUUGUCGACGGAGAACUAGACACACAAAAUUUUGAGAAGUUCCCUGAAGUUGAAGGAUCGCCAUCUGAAACACCACAAGUUGGUCCUUGGAGAAAGAUGUUGACGUCCAAAGACACCAACUUCAUAGGAUUUACUUUUAAGAAGUCAGACAUCACUAGAUCAAUGGAAAGUACAGGUACGGACAUGAAAUCAAAUGGAUCAGGGGAAGCCCCGUCGUUAAUAUCAUUGCUAGGUCGGAUCAAUAUGGAAGAAGCUGAAGGUGGUGAGUUCGACCAGAAGACAUAG